AUGCUCGCAGCGGCUACACGCGACCACCCAGUGCAGUGGAGCACGCUGCUGCACGACACGCUCGCCAUCGUCGGCCUUACCCCGACGCCUGCAACUGUCGCGGCGCUCAACGCCAUCACAUCGUACGCGGCGUCGCCACCCAGUCUCUACAGCGACGCCGCGACCGGCCCACGCGACGCCAAGGCGUACGCUGCGCUCCUGCUCGCCCUCCACACCGCUACCGCGUCAUGGCCGGCCGUGCUGCAGGAAGCGGUUGCACCGCCACCUGUGUGCGUCGGCGACUGCAGCAUUCCCGUAAGCGGCGCGGCGAUGGAGGCGUUCGUUGUGCUGUACAGCGCCGCCGUCUGCAACUGUGCAGUCGGUAGCGCGGCAAUGGCUCGGGCGCGGGCCGAUCACGCACGCAACGCAACCCGUGGCUCCGUCUCAAGCGCGGUGCCGAACAGCAACAGCAAGGCGGCGUACCGC